CUCGCAUGAAGCGCGCCGAGGGGGAAGUUUGGCACACUUUUACGCGCCGUAUCCGCCACAUCUUGAGCGCAUCGCCCAGCAACAGAACUCGCCCGCUGAAAGAAGUUCGCACAUGAACAAAGGAUCGGGCUCAGCAACACGUGUCAUUAAAAAAAAAAAGAAAGAAAGAAGGAAGAGAAAAAAAUUCCCAACACGCAUCAAGCUGCAUUUUAGCGUCAGGAACACACCACGUCACUCUGUUCAAAGAAACUCCCACUUUUUCCCCUUUCAGCUGGAUCAUCAUCCACCCUACAGUUUUGGAGAGGAAAACUAGGUAAAGAUUUGGGCAGAAAACGGCUUUAAUCAUGAUGACCGGAUUUCGACUCAACUUGUCGCCCCUCAAGGAGCCUCUGGGCUUCGUUAAGCUGGUUGAAUGGCUCACGGCCAUAUUCGCUUUCGGAAGCUGUGGUGGAUUCUCGGGUACGAACAUCGUAUCUCUCUUCUGUGGUGGCAUGAAUGAGACCCUCGAUGCCAGCUUUCACUACCCGUUUAGGCUGAGCCAGGUCCCGCUCAUCAAUGGAAACGUCACCAUUUGUAAUUACUCUGUCUCUACCACGCACCUGAUGGGAGACUCAUCGUCCGCCGCCGAGUUCUUCGUCGGCAUCGGAGUCGUGUGCUUCCUGUACAGCAUGGUAGCUCUGCUGGUUUACUUAGGCUACAUGCAUGUCUACAAAGACUCUGACUUUGGGCCUAUUUUCGACUUUAUCAUCACAGCAGUCCUGGCCUUGCUGUGGUUGGUCUGCUCAUCUGCCUGGGCAAAGGGUCUGCAGAACGUGAAGGACGCCACAGACACUGACGGAAUUAGUGGCACGCUAGCUCUUUGUAAGGGAACGAACGUCACGUGUGAAGUCACGGACUUCGCCAACAUGCGGACGCUCAACAUCUCUGUGGUGUUCGGCUACCUCAACAUGUUCAUUUGGGCCGGCAAUGCCUGGUUUGUUUACAAGGAGACUCGCUGGCACUCCCAGAAAUUCUCCUCCCAACCUGGACCUGGAAGACAGCAGGUUCCUGCGCCAAUCUAACACCAGUGCCCACUUGUUGUUAUGCAUAAGAAGGAAAGGAAAGUCAAAUAUAUAUGAAGUAUUGAGCUUUUAUACAUAUCUAGAAAAUGUUCUUGAUAGAGGGUGAGAUUGUUGGAACCUGUUGUAGGUUUUCUUUUUGCUUGUGCUAACGUUGCACAAAGCCGUACUGGCAUUUUGCAACCUAAAUGACUUGACAUUGGUUUACUUCUUGCACAGUGACAGUCCUGAAAUAAUAAAAUCCCCAAUCUGCAUAUAUUUCUUUGGAAAGUCUUGCAACUUAGAACAACAAAAGGUCUUUCUUGUAUUUAACUUGCAUCAAACAUUUUUACCUUUUAAGUGGGCUUCACACUAUCAUGCAAGGUAAAUCUAUAGUAGAGGAAAUAAAGCGGCACCCAAAUGAUUUCCUUUGAAUAAAUGUAUUCAAAUCAAAGGUCGAAUUUCAAAAUAUCUGUAAAUAAAACCGUUUUAUCUUAAGGCCUUUUUUUUCACAUUUUCUCUAGGGUUCCCAAAAAGUGUGAUGCCCUAUUGUUUAGUGAUAAAUAAAUGAAUAGAAAAAUAUAAAUUACAUGUGUAUUUUUCACAAAAUCUGUGUGAAAUCUUUACAAUUCUGUUGCUGUUUAUACUUGAAGCACAUUCGCAUUUAGCUCAAAACGUUUAUUUUCUUUCAUGUUCUUUGCCAUUUACCACCACCUAGUGGCAGGCGGUGGUAAGUGCAACUCCUGGUGAAACUUUAAGCCAAAUCCCUACAUCCAGCCAUAUUUUUGGUUUGCUUUCAAGCGUCAAAAAUGAUUGUCAAGUUGUUUGAAGCUCAAAUAUCAGGAAUCUAGAUACUUCUAUGGUGCUUAAUGUGAUUGUGAGUUUUUUAAGUACGAAACCCAAAAACACUAGAGAGGCCGAUAAAGAUGUUGAGUUGGAACCAAGGUACCAAUUAAAGGACUAAGAAAUCCUAUAGAAUGUGUUGGUAACAUCUUUUUCAUUAUAUUCCAAUUUUCAUCAUUCAUAUUUUACAAAAGACAUAACAUUCUGCCAAAGUACUAUUUGUUGAAGCUCAUUUUACUGUUAUCUGUUGUCCAUUUGCUUAAUUCUUGAUGUGACACCAAACAUGUUUUUGUACUUUACUUUGUCUUGAGUAAAAUAUGUUUUUGUUUCCCCUAUGUAUCUGAAUGAACAGUUGAAAAGACAUCUGCUUUCUUGGAUGUGGCCUGCAUAAUUUUAUUGCAUUUGUCAAUAAAAGUGAAUGUUUUUUUUC